AUGAUCCCAUGGUCGUCGUUAAGCUCGAGCGAGGUCUGCCCCGAUUGGCGGAUCGAGCUCAACGAGCACAAUUUGUCGCACUAUGUCGACAAAGGAGGUCCCUCUCCGCUAGACGACAGCAUGAACGUUCGCAUGCUCGAGUCCGCCCAUGAACGACGAUUUGCCAUUGCCCAGCUCGGUGUGAGCAACGCCGCCUUCGAAGCCGGGCAUCGAGCCCGCAUCGAAUAUAUGUUCUACCGAACCAAGAGUCAUUUCACUGCUCACGCACUUGAUGAACGGUUUCAUCCAGACACGUCGUUGUUGGCGGACUUGUAUCUGUUCGACUUUCAACUCUCGGUGGAUCAUUAUAAUGCUUACGAACCGCUCCCCAGCGAUCUGGCUGUUGUGGAUGAUUCAGGCGAUGAUGCAGCUUCGGCUUCUGGUCUAGGAGGUCCGGACACGACACGUGCAUCUGGUUCAGGAACGGACACGACGUCCUCAUCAAUGGGACCUCCGACUCGGACCGCAGCAACAACAUCCACGCCGACGACAACGGCAUUGCCAACACCACCGACACCGGUAGGGAUAACGACCCCUGCACCAGCAUCAGCACCGGCGCCAUGCAAACCCCUUGUGUUGACAUCGCAUUUGACCCUCCACCAGCUCAUGAACCCGGAACCGGAGGCGGAACCAGUGCCAGGACCAGCAGGGACAAAGUUACAGUCUCAUCAGUCAGAGUCGAAGCCGAAGCCGAAGCCGCAGCCACGGCCCAUUCCAGACCAGUCACGGAAGCGCAAGCACAAAAGCAAAAGCAUGCCAUCACCUACUUUCACAACACUCAGAGGCAUUGACAAGAAUAUGAAGACGGUCGGUAGUUUUACUGGUGCCACUGCUGCCACCACCACUAAUACAGCUUCUGCUGCCUAUCCCGCCUAUACUGCCCCUCCUACUACUAGUGUGGUUUCCGUCAAAGACAUUCUUGUGCCAGUGCCAGAAACCACGUCUGAAGAAGACGAGGAUGCGGACGAGGACGGGCAGAAGAGGGGGAAGGAGAAGAAGAAGAAGAAGAAGCCAUCUCAAGAGCGAGCCGGAACCCGCACUAUAUCCUUUGCUCGAGCGAACAAGGUGCCUACUUUGAAGCAGGCUUCGCGGACUAGGAGGGAAACACGGAUGCGUAAGUCAGAUAAGAAAGGGGACACUGGAGAUGGAAAUGGAUAUGAAAAUGGGAGGGGGAUAUAUAUACGAGGGCAUACCACAUGA